GUGGGCUUUCCUGGCGAAGGGACCUGGGCACGAUGUCGUUUCGCUAUUAUCACGUGCCUCCAUCGACUGAGUUGUCAGAUUUGCCUCCCUCCCCCCGAGAUACCCGACGCCUUCCGUCUUCUGGUUGCAGCAGGGCUUUAUGGCGGAGCCGGCACGGCAUGUGCUGCUACCGGACGCCUGGGCUUCGGAGUGGCCCUUUAUGUCUCACUGGGUCUCGCGCGGAUUUUCCCUCAGCGUUGGCUCCUCGUGGUUGCCAUCGUGCCGGUCGGUGUUCUCAACUGGCUGCUAGUGCAUUCUUCUGGGCCACUGACGCACGUGAUCCCUGCGUUGGUCGUGGCAGUGUCCGAGCUCUGUUGGGUGCGGACGAUGCAAAAGGUGCUGGAUGAGUGGUUCGAGAGCUUUGUUGCCCUUAUGUUCUUCUACCUUGGGACGGUCAUGGUCUUUGCGUGCCUGGCCGCUGCCGGAGUGGCAGUGGCUCUCGCAGACACCUGCGACGUGGAGGGCUCUGCUCGAAAGGACUGCGGUGUCCUGGGCACGACGCAGAGCGACUGCGAGGCGAAAGGCUGCUGCUGGCGCCCGGCUGACUCGGUAGCCUGGUGCUUCUACCCCCAAGGUGGCCCUGCUCCUCCUCCCCCGCCCCGCGCGGAGUGCAAGCUCGCCUACAAGUCCAAAGGUCCACCCUUCAGCGACGAGGAGGAAGCCAAGGUGCGCGGCUAUUUCCUGGCGAACAUCGACAUCCAGGGCUCCGGAGCUGUCGUGGCCGCGCCGGAUCACAACACCGGACCUGGUGGAGACUAUUAUUUUCACUGGGAACGAGAUGGGGCUUUGUCCACCCACGCUUUGCUGGCGACGGCGGAGAAGCUGGCCGACGUGGACGAGCACCUGCAGCACUACGUCCAGUGGGUGUUGAAGGUGCAGAACCAGGCGGAUCCCCACGGCAUCGACAUCCGCACGGAGCCCAAGUACACCAUCCCCGACGGCAAGCCCUUCGAGGGAGCCUGGUGCAGGCCGCAGACUGACGGGCCGGGCCUGAGAGCCAAGACGCUGGCGGAGUACGGCUUAGCCCUGCUCGAUGCCGGCAAAGGGGACUUCGUGAAGCAGAAUUUGUGGACGGGCAGCGACGAGAAGCACGGCGGUGCUGUCAAGUAUGACCUGGAGUGGCUGGUGUCCAACUGGCAGCAGAGUGGCUGCGAUCUCUGGGAGGAGAUCCAGUCCGAGGAUUUCUUCUGGGGCCGCUUCACCAUGCGAGCCGGUCUCGAGAUGGGAGCCCAGUUUGCAGAGAAGAUGGGCGACAAGGACGCGGCUGGCCGCUACAGAGGUGUCAAGGCAGACAUCGAGAAGACGAUCAUGGGCCACUUCGAUGGCACCUUCGUCUUCGAGUCCCAGAAUCGCAAGAAGGACUCCGCCGUCAUCGAGGCCUUCAAUGUCGGCGACCUCGGCCCCGGCGACAUGUUUUUCGACGUGCUGGGCAAGGAGGUCCUGGGCACCGUCGUGACCCUCAACGACCUCUUCUGCAACGCCUACGAGAUCAACCAGAAGGACAGCGCCGCCGGCAUCCCCGGAAUCCUCUACGGCCGCUAUGAGAACGACAGCUACGACGGAGGCAACCCUUGGGUGCUGCUCUCGGCCUCUUUGGCUACGCUGCUCUACCGCAUGUCCGCGGCGGCCUUUGAGCAUGGGCCUUUGGAUGCAAGCACCUACGCCCUGCUCCAGAAGGCCACUCAUAUCGAGUCCGGGCUCUCAGGAAAUGCCCUGGCAGAAGCGUUACUGGGAGCGGGAGAUGGCGUGAUGCUGCGCAUCAAGCACCACGUCCAGGCCACGGAUCUCCACAUGGCCGAGCAGAUCAGCAGACAUGACGGCUCCAUGACCAGCGCCAAGGACCUCACCUGGAACUACGCGAACAUGCUCAAAGCCUUCAAUGCUCGGACAGCUGCCGCGAAGGCCAUUGCCGCCACCAGAGUCCUGGUCGUUUGA